GAAUGGAAAUCUGCAACUUGUAAGGUAUUUGGAGCACACCGGAAAACCACUCAGUUAAGAGUUACGUCAAAGAGGUGGGAGCAUUUGCACUACAUUGUGCCCAUGGCAAUGAUUUGGAAGCGAAUCCACGCAAACAGCACCAAUACGCUCUCAAUGACACAGUUUGUUCCUAGUGGAUUCUCAAGAUUUUUCUCCAAAUCCAGCCAGUACAUAGUGAAGGUUGGAAUUCUAGAGUUUGUAAGUGGAGUUGGGAGGGGUGUUGAAACCCAUGCAGCAAAGCUUGAAACAGAGAUUGGUGAUUUCCAGAAGCUGCUUGUCACCCGCACUCUCAAGCUCAAGAAACUUGGCAUUCCUUGCAAACAUAGGAAGCUAAUCUUGAAAUAUGCCCACAAGUAUCGACUGGGACUCUGGAGACCUCGAGCUGAACCUGUGAAAUCACAUUCCUAGUCCUUUAAAGCUUGGAACGACCACUCCUAGGUGACUGAUGUUCUGUUUACUCCCCUCCACCCCACUUGAAGAAACACACCGUAUGUAGCACCUGUUUGAUUGUUUUGACAUACAAAAGACGUUCUUCUACAACCUUGUCCUCCUAUUUUGGCUGUCAAAACUGCUAUCGAUUUCAUUUUUGUUAAAAAUCACAGAUAGUUGGAAGUUGAACUUUGGAUGGUUAGAUCUCUCAAGAAGCUGCUCUUUUGUGGGGAUUGAAAGGGUAGCUGCUUUUUCAUUUUAAACUUAUUACCCUUUUGAAAUAAAAAAACAAAUCUCUCUCUCUCUCUC